UCGUGUCCCCCUACCCUGCCCUGCCCUGCCAACGUUGUGUUGGACCAACGACCCGACCCACAAGACAAGAUCAAACAUUCAUCCAAGAAAAGACCCGACUUUUCUCCUCUCCUCUCCCCUCUCGCCUCUCCGUCCGACUGCGUCGCCAGCGAAUCGAAUCCAUGGCCGGCCACGCCAAGCUCCUCCUGUACAUUGUGGUGGUGGACGAGAGUGGCGCCUCCUCCUUCCGCUACACCCGAUCCCUCCUCCACAGCACGCUGCAGCUCAUGGGGUGCAAGCCCAGGCACGCAUUCGAGAUUAGCCGGCGGGUGUUCGAUGUGGUCCGCGGCGACCCCGCGGAGAUGGAGAUGCUCAUGGCCAUGUCCCAAGGUAAAAGAGGGGUGCAGCGGUACGAGCUGCCGGACGCCGCCACCAGCCCCAGGCAGUUCCAGUUCGAGCUCUACAAGCGGCGGACCACGGUGCUCAUCCCCAGGGACCUCUUCCUGCACCUGGUGUGCCAGGCCCUGGCCCUCUACAAAUACCUCGCCCCAAACCAGAGGAACCACCUCACCCUUGCCUGCAGGAUUCGAGAAAGAAAAGAGUCCGUCACGGUUCUUCUAUGCGGAACAAGUGGUUGCGGCAAGUCCACCCUUUCUACUUUGCUGGGGAGCAGGUUAGGGAUCACCACUGUAGUUUCCACAGAUUCCAUUCGCCACAUGAUGCGGAGCUUUGUUGACGAGAAGGAAAACCCCCUUCUCUGGGCAUCCACUUAUCAUGCAGGUGAAUGCCUCGACCCGGUGGCUGUUUCUGAAGCAAAAGCCAGGCGGAAAGCAAAGAAACGCUCCGGCGUCUCCAGCAACUCAGGUAUGGAUUAUGAGGGCAGUGGAGACAAGGUUGAGGGAAAACCAAUUGGGAAGAAACAAAUGGCUAUAGAAGGUUAUAAGGCACAGAGUGAGAUGGUCAUCGACAGUCUGGAUCGGCUUAUCACCGCGUGGGAAGAUCGCAAAGAAUCGGUCGUUGUUGAGGGUGUUCACUUGAGCCUUAAUUUUGUGAUGGGCUUAAUGAAGAAACAUCCAUCAAUAAUUCCCUUUAUGAUCUACAUAUCCAAUGAGGGCAAGCACACCGAGAGGUUUGCUGUACGCGCAAAGUACAUGACGCUUGACCCAACCAAAAAUAAGUAUGUCAAAUACAUCAACAACAUUAGAACCAUCCAAGAGUACCUCUGUAGCCGAGCUGAUAAAUACCUAGUUCCCAAGGUAAACAACACUAAUGUUGACCGGAGCGUGGCUUCCAUCCAUGCCACCGUCUUUAGCUGCCUCCGCAGGCGAGCUACUGGAGAGCAGUUGUAUAACCCUGACACAAACACUGCAGCGGCUGUAAAUGAAGAGUACAAAAACCAAUGUGUUGCCAACUCCAUGAGUUCCAAGGGGAUGUUCAAAUUAAUCCAGCGCCUAGGAUCCUCAAGGAAGCUCAUGGCCAUCGUUGAUGUGGAUGGAUCCGUUUCAAAGGCUUGGCCCGUUGAGUCAAGCGAUGGAGAUGGGAAAAACGGUUCCCAAGGUGGCGGAGACCAGAAAUCUCUAGGAAACCCAAUAUAUGGACCUCUGAAUAUUGGAAGGGCGGAGUCGGUGAAUCUCCAGUUUGGCUCCUUUGGAAUAAGUGCAUGGCCUACCGACACAGGCUGUACAAGUCAAGCUGGAAGUGUCGACGGCUCGUGGAUCAAUGGUAAUGAAGGCAGUAGCAGCAGCCAUGUUGCGUCUUCCUCCGGCGGCUCCCCUAAGAAGGCCGAUGGACAUCAUAAAGAGAUUAAAGAGUCAGCAGCAGCAUCUGGCAGUGACGACGACGACGAAGAAGAAGCUGAUGUUCCGCCUAAUUCAGGGAGUGAUGAGGACCUAAGUGAAGAAGAUCACGACGAAAACCACGAUGAGAUGGAAGGGUCUGUGGACGAGGACUGCAACAGGUCCGAUGAGGAAUACGACGACCUGGCCAUGCGGGACAGUAUGGAGAACGGUUAUCUGAGCGACGACGGCAUCAUGGUGCACACCGGCUUAAGCAAAUGCCUGAGCAACAGGUUUCCGGACGGCAGCCAGCAUAAUAACCGCGGCACGCCGAGGAAACUGCGAAGCCUGUCCAAGGUUGAUACCACUACACAUGUUCCUGACACGGCGCGCUCUUGUGCUGCCGCUGCCGCUGCUACACCUGGUGGCAACAGAAGCACGGGUAGGAAGUGGAGGCGGUCCCUGAGCGACAAGAUCAGUUCGCGGCCGCGGAGCUGCCCCUCUCUCGCGGAAGUGGCGGCCAAGCCCAAGGGCUCAGCUGCUGUUCCAGUGGUUCCUCAGUCUUAAAGAGUCCUGGCUCCUGGGAGGUAGGCCUAUAUCUUCUAUAUGGUUGAUGUAAUAAUAAUAAUAAUGAAUAAUGAAUAAUAAUAGCAAGGGAAGGGAAGGGAAGAGCUGCAUUGCAUUGCAUGAA